AUGGGCAACGCGACAUCGAGCAAGUCCGGGUCGAGCGGGAUCAAACGUAGACGUGAGUCCCAGGGCCAGCUUAAGAUCGUCCAUGGACGCGGGAUGAACAACAUGAGCGACGCCUAUAAGCUACCCGCCGACGUCGCGGAGAUGGAUCGUCUUCGAUUGCAACAUCAUAUGUGGAAGCUGCUCCUGGGUGGUCUGUGCCCUGCUCCGAUAAGGUCCACGGUGGAGCAGAAGCUAGAGGCGAGGGAAGGAUAUACACCAUCGGUACUUGAUCUUGGCUCCGGCUCGGGAAUAUGGGCGAGCGAGAUAGCCAGCACCUACCCACAUGUCAAUGUCGUUGGGUUCGACCUCAUCAAGAACACUUCGGCAGCAUUUCCUGAAAACUGUCGAUUCAUCACCGGAGACCUCACGAAAGGCUUUACGCUCGAUGGCUCUGGUCUACCGCCGGACUUCAGGGAAGGCUUUGAUAUUGUCCAUUGUCGCUGCGUGCUCGGACACCUUCGUGAUGCACGCGGCGCGUUGGACCUUGUGACACAAUGCCUUAAACCAGGCGGCGUGUUGCUGCUGGCGGACGGCAGCAGCAAUAUAUAUGACGAGCGCAAACAGGUCGCAGCCGGCGCCCGCGAGGGCGAGGCAACGCACAGUCGGUCAUGGUUCGCGCGCUGGGGUGAGGAGGUCAGAUCCGGCCUCGGCAAGGGCGUCGAAUUCCCGUUUCCGCAGAGGGUCAGCUGCCUCCAGGAAAGUGGUGAAUACGAACUCGUCGACUUCCGGGACUAUUUCGCGCCGAUCGGCUGGAGCGGAGAGAGCAUCGAGCACGGCGAGGAGAUUGGACAGAUCACGAAGAAAAACAGCUUGGUAGGUCUUCCGCGCCUGUGUGGUUCAAGAAUAAGGUCUAACGAAUCACUAUCGAACACUAAGGAAUGGAUGGACGGAUUCCGGCCGAUGAUGCUGGAGGCGGGUCAUCCCGCAGACGUCGUAGACCGUUGGAUCAGCGAGGUCCGUAACGAGUUACGUGAACCUGCGAUUCGCUUGUAUACCAUAUGGCCGACCGGGUGGGCCGUGAAAAAGACGUCCAAAAAUGAUGUACGACCCUGA